GCAGCAGCAGCAGCUACUCAGCUCUGCUGCCCAUGCCCACCCCAAUCACCGCCACCCCCAGCGCCCCUUGACCACCCUCUCCUCCUUCCCUCACUCCACCCACCCUACCCUCACCCACUCUUCCCCAUCCGCCUCCCAUGUCCCGCCUCCAUCUCCACCCGCUCCUCCUCUUCGCCCUCCUCCUCCUCCUCCGCCCCACCCCGCUCCGCUCCCAGCCGGCCGCCCCCUCCCCGCCGCCGCAAUGCGCGCUCAACUUCACCGCGCUGCGCCCCUUCCUCGCGCCGCCGCUGCCCGCCGACGAGGCCUCCCGCUGCGGGGUCGCCACGCAGGCCGUCACCUUCCUCCUCUCGCUCCACCUCGCCGCCACCUCCUCCUUCGUGCUCCCCGCCGGCGCGUCCUCCUGCCUGGCCCCGCUCCGCGCCGCGCUCCCCUACCCGCUCCCCGCCUCGGCCUGCGGCCUCUCGGGCCUCGACGCCGUCCUCGCCGCCCCCGGCUGCGGGAACGUCUCCACGCUCGCCGACUUCGACGCGCUCGUCCCGCCCUCCGCGCGCCAGGACAUCGACGCCAGCUGCGACCACGACCUCUCCGCCGUCCCCGACUGCACCUCCUGCACCACCGCGCUCAGCAAAGCCGCCGCGGCCUACCUCUUUCCUGGAUCCCCCAACGCCGGGAACAACAGCGUCACCGGGUGCGUCCAGUACCCGCCCAUCUAUGCCGGCGCCAAGGCGAGCCCCCACGGGCCCGCCGACCCGGCCACGGCCUACUGCCUUUUCCUACUCAAGGCCAACCCUCCUCAAUCCCGGAGCUCUGGCGCCGCCCCCUGGGUGUACGGCGCCGCAUUCGGCUCCCUCGCAGCGGUGCUCCUGCUCGCCGCUGCCGCGGGAUCCUGCUUCAUUGUGAGGCAGAGGCGGGCGCGAGCGGCCGCUGCUGCCCUGGCUGCGGACAGCAGGAGCAAGCGCUCCCAGGCCAUGGAGUCCAUCAGCGCCAGCACCACGCUCAUCAAGUUCACCUACGACGAGAUCAAGGCCGCUACGGACAACUUCUCCAGGGAAAGCAUCAUUGGCCGUGGAGGCUUCGGGAACGUCUACAAGGGGGUGCUGCGCGACGGCACCGAGGUGGCGGUCAAGCGAUUCAAGAACUGCUCUGCCGCUGGGGAUGCCGCUUUUGCCCAUGAGGUGGAGGUCGUGGCCAGCGUGCGUCACGUCAACCUGGUCGCGCUCCGUGGGUACUGCAUUGCCACCACGCAGAGGCAGGGCCACCAGCGGAUGAUCGUCUGCGACCUCAUGCAUAAUGGCAGCCUCCAUGACCAUCUCUUCGGCGCUGGAGAGUGCCAGAUGGCGUGGCCAGUGAGGCAGAGGAUUGCCGUCGGAAUGGCAAGGGGCCUGGCCUACCUGCACCGUGGUGCACAGCCAGCCAUUAUUCACAGGGAUAUCAAAGCAAGCAAUAUCUUACUUGAUGAUGAAUUUGAGGCCAAGGUCGCUGAUUUUGGACUGGCCAAGUUUGCACCGGAGGGGAUGACACAUGUGAGCACAAGGGUUGCCGGAACCCUUGGUUAUGUCGCCCCAGAGUAUGCACUGUAUGGCCAAUUGACCGAGAAGAGUGAUGUCUAUAGCUUCGGAGUCGUGCUUCUUGAGCUUCUGAGUGGAAAGAGGGCGUUCAUUUCUCUCGGCGAGGGCCAGAGCUUUGUGCUCACUGAUUGGGCUUGGUCUUUGGUGCGGAGGGGGAAGACAGUGGAGGUGAUCCAAGAAGGAAUGAUUGAGCCUGGUCCAACUGAGGUUAUGGAGAAGUAUGUCCUUGUCGGUGCACUCUGCACACAUCCCCAGCUGCACGCAAGACCGACGAUGGAGCAGGCGCUGAAGAUACUUGAGGCUGAUUCUGCACCAAGUCCGUUGAUUAUUCCAGAGAGGCCAAUCCCUGUUGUUGCAAACCUGGCUGAGAUUGAGAGGUCAGCCAGCAGCAGUGGAUCAGGUCAGCUGUUCAGCCCCUCUGGUUUCCGAUCUUUUAUUCAUUCUAACGAGGACGCUGCUCUGGCAUCUCCAAAUGAAACAUGAUCUUAGCCCAUUAGUGAAAGGUUAUUGCUAGAAUUCACUACAUACCAUAUUUGUUUUUGUUUCAUAUGAUUACACACUACAGGCAACGGUUGCACAUAGCAAUUUGUAGUUUUGCUCCCAUAGGAAAAGUAAGGUUCUUGCGACAGUUGAAUUCAUUGAAACAUGUUAGUGAUGUUUUUUUCGUUCAUAGAUAUUUAGCUUCCAACCUGCAGUAGCUAUGUAUCAGGAUUCUGGAUAUGGAGGAUAAGAAAUUCGAAACUCAAAACAUAUCCCCUUAUAAAUUAGAUUCAUAACUUGCUGAAUCCGAUUGUGCUCUGAAGUUGAAAGGCAACUCAAAUCCAGAUAUUAGGUGUUAGGACAUAUCAUUUGGAUGGAAGAGCAAGGAAAUAUUUUUGAUAGAAGAUGCCAUCAGCUUCUAUAUGUACUGUACAUCAAGCUUCUCGCUGUGGACCAGUUAGAGUGUUGGACUCUGGGAGUCAUGGGAACUCCCCUUCCGACCCAGGUUGAAAGCGCGGUACCUUCUUAGAACAAAGCUCAGGGGAAGUCUCCACCUGUGGGUGGAGUUUUUUUAUGCGUAUUGUAUUCAUUAGAUGCUAUAAGGAGGAGGUAUAAGCUUAAAAUCAUUAUCCUAUAAAUCUGUUAUGUUGUUUUUAGCUGUCAAGGUUUUCAUUUACACUGUCAAGAAAAAUACCAGAGGAGCUACUUUUGGUCCGUUGAUAUUUAUUCAGUAUGAAUGUAGCCUGUAGGGUUGUUUUUGUUUGCAACACCAUAUCUCUUAUGUAAGAUUUUGACUAUGAUAUACUCACUCCAUCCCAUAGUGCAAUUCUAGCAUUCAAAAAAAGUCCAACAAAGACUGUGAUCAUAGAUAUUGGACCACCUUAGUAUUCUCUAUUCUGCAUGGUAAGUGGUCAAAUUUGAUUCCCGUUCUCAACUACAUGCCCAGUGUUUCGGGGUGAGUGGUGUGUGUUCUGGGUGUGUCGUGGUGUUUGUGUUGUAUGGCUAUUUUGGCCUAACUCUUCUUCUCUUAAUGCAAUGAUAUGCAGCUCUCCUGCGUAUUCAAGAGGAAAAAAACCUACAUGCAUGCCCAAUAUUUUGUUAUAGCAAUUUGUCAACUUUGACUUCCCAUGUUUAGUUACAUGCAUGCCAGUUAAUAUACCUGUGGAUAGCAAAAAGAUGGCACCGCCUAGUUAGAUAAGCUAGCGGAUUUAAUAAGGGCACCAAUGUCAUUUUACAGAAAAAAAAUACAAUUGCACUCUUCAAGGGAUGGAGGGAGUAUGUAUCUAGCACCAGGAUCUAUGAAUUAACCAAACAGAAGUAGAACCAUCAUGCAGUGUUUAUGUUAAGCAUAAACAUUAGAUGUGGCAUGUUUACCAACAUAGUAAUCAAAAUAUUGUUGGGGGUAAUCAUUGACUGGUGAGCUCAUUAAUACUUGAGGGAUGGUUCUCUCUAGUCGAACUGAGUCACAUAUAUAAUAUCUAGAUCAUUUGUAUCUUUCUUAUGGAUGGUUUUUGAUCCUGAGGUCCAGUUAGAUGUUUAUCCAUAUUAUUAUAUAUAACUAGCGCUGUCUACACACUAAGUUUGUUACAGACGUGCCUUCUGAAUGCUACUGAAGUUUUUGUAGGAUCCUAAAGGAAGAGCUGCUUUGUAGAUAGAGCGUAGCUCAGCAAACACGUAGCAGAACAUUUUAGGCAAGCAUAAUCUUCCUGUGAACACAUG